ACCAGACCAGAGUAUGUAAUGCACCCUGGGCACCAUUAAAUGAAACAUUUCAGGGUCAGUAGCAUUGCGUGAUCUUUCGUUCUUUCACGGAUUUCUCCUUCUCCUUUGCUGUCUCUCUCUCUUUCUGUUUCCCUGCCACAACUCCCCAGUCCGCAUGCACUUCCUCCUCCUCCGCAUGACUCCUCACUCAAAUAUCUAACCCUACUCUACUCUUAGUCUACUACUAUUCUACUUCACUCCCACCCACCACCACAAACUCCUGCCAGUCUAAGUCUACUCCAUUUUCUCCAACUUUCUCUACGCUACUUGUGAUUAGUAAGUAGUUCAAACUGCGAAGAGAAACGACCAAUGGAAGGAGGGUUGGAGCUGAGUAAAGUGACGCUGGAAAUCUUCUCCAAGCUCGAGCAGCAGUGGUUGCAUCACUGCCAACCCCACAAGAAGACUCGCAUUCUCUGUAUCGACGGCGGCGGUGUCGGCUCCCCCACCGCCAUCUUCGCCGCUCAUUCCUUGAUCCUUCUCGAAGACCAGAUCCGUGCCAAAUCCGCUGACUCCCAAUCUCGCAUUGCCGAUUUCUUCGAUCUUAUCGCCGGCACUGGCAUUGGAGCUCUCUACGCCGCAAUGCUCGCUGCCGACGACGGUUAUGGACGUCCUUUGUUCACCGCCAGGGACGCCGUCACCUUCGUCGCCCAAAACCAGUCCCGCCUCUUCAAAGUCAAGGCCACCCUCGGAGUCUUCCACCGCCGACAGAGGUUCUCUGGCAGGAGCAUGGAUAUGGUGUUGAAGGAGGCGUUCCGGAGGGAGGACGGCAAGGUCCUGACCUUGAAGGACACGUGCAAGCCUCUCCUGGUUCCCUGUUUUGACCUGAACAGCUCCGCGCCAUUCGUUUUCUCCCGCGCCGGCGCUUCCGAGUCCCCCAGUUACGACUUCGAGUUGUGGAAGGUCUGUCGUGCCACGUCAGCCACCCCCUCCCUCUUCAAGCCUUUCCAUCUGCAAUCAGUCGAUGGCAAAACCUCUUGCUUGGCGGUGGACGGCGGUCUCGUCAUGAACAAUCCCGCUGCCGCCGCCGUCACUCACGUCCUGCAUAACAAACGUGAUUUCCCCUCCGUCACCGGCGUCGAUGACCUGCUGGUGCUUUCCCUGGGCAAUGGUCCGUCAAGCUUGAAACUCCGCGCUAACGGUGAUUGCUCAACGUCAUCAGUCGUCAGCAUUGUUCUUGAUGGCGUCUCCGAAACGGUAGACCAAAUGCUUGGAAACGCCUUUUGCUGGAACCGUAACGAUUACGUCAGAAUCCAGGCGAACGGUUGCGUGAGUGGAGGAGUGGGGGAGAAAGAGGAGGAUGUGAUGGAAGAGAGAGGCGUGGAAUCAUUACCGUUUGGCGGGAAACGGUUGCUGACGGAGACUAACGGACAGAGGAUAGCGGGGUUUGUUCAACGGCUUGUUGCAUCGGGGAGGACUAGUCUGCCGCCGAGUCCGUGCAAGGAAACUGCCGUUAGUCCUCUGGCUAACGGCCGUUAGAUUUAAUUUUUUUUUUUUGCCCUUUUGGUGCUUUAAACUUUUUGGGGUUAAAGUAGAAUAUCUUGUUUUGGUGUAGCUUUUUGAUUGGACUAGCAGCAGUAACAUAAUUAACUCUUCUAGUUUUGUUUCCUUGUCAACAUUACAUGAACUGGCUGUUUUAUGGAGAUUAACGCCUCUAGGAAAUGCAAUUAACAAGUUCCGAGUAUUUUAGCUA